AUGAUGAACCACGACCAGCCGUCGCCGGCCACUAGCAAUGCGACGAACCGCACAAACCGCGGCGGGCGUCCUAGGGAAUGGACCCCGCCGCGCGCCCGCCGACUCACGCGACUAUACUGCUACACCUCGCUCAAGGUCGACGAGAUCCUCAAGGUCCUCGGAGAUGAGGUCUGGUCGCCUGGAAAGGAAGCUGCUAAUAAGCACCUGAACCACCUGCUCGGCAAAGACCCGCGAUGGAUGCGACCGAGAGACCUGGGCGAGGCGAGGCAGCGCAUUGCUGGGCUCAAGAACAGUGACCGCGCGAGAUCAUCGUCGCAGUCGAGCUCAAACACACAAAAUCCCCUCUCACCAAUGUCUGGAAUAUAUGACCCCUCUGUCCACCCAUACCAGAGGACCGACACCAUGGACAGCAAAUCCUUUGGCCGAUCGUCCGGCUCGUCGCUAGAAAAGACUGACACCUUCAUGUUUGGACAGCCUGGCCUGCAGCAAAGGACAGCCACAACAACGUUCAGCAUUCCACCUUCGGCACGCCAAAAUACCGGGACGCGAAAUCUUCAGACCAUGCAGAAUCCAUCCUACGCAUCCUUUUUUCGCUCAAUCCCAGGAUUAGGUCGGCAGGGCACCUCCAUGACCACCUCAACCAAUUUCAGUAUAGGAAGCACCAAGGCAGCUUGGAAUAACAUGAAAGAAAAGCUCAACGGCAUCGAGGGUCUCCAAAAGUCGGAUGUGAAAGACGUCUUCCGGUUACUUAAGCGCUACACCAUUUCCAAUGAAGACGGUACUGAUCAUUCGCGGUCUUCUCCACGCUCCGCCAUGGGGGCCUUUAACCCUCCGACAAUGGCCAACUUUCGGGGCCAGACUGAAGGUGUGACUUCUGUCGCAGACUACAGCUUGCCUGGUGAUUUUGCUGGAACUAGUGAAUCCAUUUAUGACAGUACAACUUGCAUGGAUCAGUUCGGUAACACCACUUACCACCUUGUCGCGGCACGAGAGAAUAUGAUGACCCAUCUCUUUCACUUGCUGUCACAAGAAAACAGCCCACCUAGCCCGCUUCUCAAUGCGACAAACUCUGGAGGUCAGACUUUCCUCCACGUCUUGCAUCCAAACUGGUUCGAGGAGGACUCACGACUAGUGAUCUUAAUCGAAACACUGAGAUCGCUGCAAUUCGAUUUUUCCACCACAGAUGUCUACGGUCGAACCUUCUUUCACAUUCUCCGUUCGAACCUCAAGUCCAACUCGGGACUCAUGAGAGAGAUCACUAGUCUCUUUGGGAACAACAUGAACUUGCUCAACCGACGUGACGCAUUUGGAGUGAAGCCAAUGAUCUUGCGUGCCUCAACAAUACCCGUCAACAGGGCAGAGGCGCGACCGAGCCACUUGACUAUUCCGGGCACUACCGAUAGCACUCAGCAAAAGAUCAAGGAGCACACGAAAUUUCUGAAGAUUAUCACCGAUGUGAACGCGACAGAUGAUGGCUACACUAGAGAAGAUCCGCAAGGGCGAAAUGCUCUGCACUGUCUCGCCGAGGUCAUUCUGGACAUUGCGUCAAUUGACGGGCAAGGAAACAACACAAAACCCCGCAAGAGAAAAAUGGACGAUCAAAACGAGCCCGUCCUCCAAACUUGCCCACUCAGUCAUCGGAUACAGUACCUCGACACCGUGCUGCAAGCCCAUGUCGACGUCAAUCACUACAAUGCAAGUGGAGAUACGGUGCUCAUGUCAUUUGUUUCCCAUAUUACCGACGGUCAGGACGACAAGGCCCUCGAGGAAUUGAUUGAGCGACUACUCAAUGCCGGUGCCAACAUAGAAGCUCGCAACCGCAACGGCGAGACGGUUCUUCAGGUCGCAGCAAGGCUCGGCCAGAAAUUCGCCGUCAAGGUACUUUUAAAGCAAGGAGCCAACGUUCACGUCAGGAAUAGCGACGGCAGAAGUGUGCUCCAAACCAUUGAUGACUACACCAGAUUCUCGGGAGACGACGACGAAGCCCUCGCACGACUUGAAGCAACCAGAGGCGUGCUGAGUGGCCGAUUCAGCAACUACAAGGCCGUACAAGAACCCAGUCUACUGGAUCAAUGGAGCUUCCGGCCACCACAGUUGCCAAAUAGAUUUGGGUGA